AUGCCGACGCCCCUCCGCGUCGCCAUAAUCGGCGGGAGUAUCUCCGGCUGCACUUUGGCGAACGGACUAUUACGUCACGAUCACCUCGAGUUUGACAUCUUCGAAAGCAAAAGCAGUUUCCAAGAACGAGGAGCGGCCAUUGCUCUGCAUACCAACGCGCUGGCAGCGCUUAGACACCUGGGCUUAGAUGUCGAUGAGCUCUUGCGUGAAGCUCGUGCAAACAAGCGAGAUAGGUUGCAAACAAUUGUGGGAUGUGGCGAGCACAAGGGCAAGGAGUUUAUGGAGACCAUUCCUGGUCCGUGGGGCGCCGGAAGACAACAACUCCUAGCUGAGCUCAUCAAGCAUCUCCCCAAAGACCGUCUCCAUUGUAACAAAAAACUUGUCGCCAUCGACCGAGGGUAUCCCGACUCCUCGGGACCACUCUUGCUCCGCUUCGAUGACGGAAGCACUCAUACAGCCGACACAGUCGUCGGAUGCGACGGCUUUCGCUCCAAAGUCCGCCAGCUCAUACUCGGACAAGAGAACGCUGCCAACGCCCCCGUCUUCGCCGGCUUCUGGGACGCCCGCGGUCUACUCCCGACCGAACAAGCCGUCGAGAAAUUUGGCAUAGACAUCAUCGACGCACGCGCAGACCAACUCACGGCAGUCGUGGGCGAUGGCUCCUUCAUCCUCUCUGGACCCAUCGACAAUGGCCAGAUGACAUUCAUCAACGUCGUGGGCACACCACCUCCAGGAUGGGAUGGAAGUGCGCUCAAGACGGAGCUCAACCGGGAACAUCUCGAGCGGGCAUUCAGGGGCUGGGAUGAGCGCUUUGUGAAGGGAAUCGUCGAUUGCGUGAUGACGAGCGGGCCGGGUGUGAUUUUCAAUCAAUGGGAAUCAGCACCUUCGCCGAAAUACUUCAAUGGUAAUAUCUGCAUGAUUGGAGAUGCGGCACAUGCCACGUCAAAUUGGCUCGGACAAGGCGCUGCAAUGGCCAUGGAGGACUGUGCAGUCCUUGCCGGAAUCUUCAAGGAUGUGAAAUACGAGACUGAUUUCCAGUUGGUGUAUCAAGCAUUCGACCAAGUCCGUCACGGCAAGCGACCGGAGAUGGUCAUCGAGCAGAGUCGGCUCUGUGGGCAGAUUCUGACGGGCCAAAUGGGCCUGGACCCAGCCGCCGUGGCGAAUAAUAACACGCAAGCCAAGAGGUUAGAAAUCCUGUCCUUUGACAUAGGCGAGGAUGUUAUCGCCGCACAGGAGGCCUUUCAUAAGCUGAGAGAUGAGGCCCGAAGACUAUCCAAAUCAUGA